CGGCCCCGCGGCGCGUUACGUCCCCGCUCCCGUGUUUUUGCGCGGUCUGGUCUGGAGAAAUCCGAUGUUUCGAUUUCAGUCUCUGGAGGAAGACUGCCCCCUAGAGGAAGAAAGGGAGGCGCUGCACGGCUUAGUCGAUGAAGACGAUGAUAUCGACCAGUUCAACGAUGAUACUUUCGGGUCGGGAGCCAUCGAUGGGGACUGGAGGGAAGAACACGACCGAUUGGCUGAGCUGGAUGAGAAGGUGGGUGGGUCUCCCCCUCUGCAGGCCCCUCCUCCUGCUGCUGCUCCCGCCCCCUCCUCGUUACCUCAUCUCUACUCGAGGGGGCUGGGGGAGAGAGGGCCGGACAGUCUGCUGCUGGGAGGGGAUGAGAACCUGGCCCACAGCCUGAGGAAGCUGGUGCUGAGCGCAGAGACAGACUACAGGGAACUGGAGGACCCGGCCAUCAUGAGAGCCGGGCUGCAGCAGCACAAGAGGGCGCCCCUGCAGCCCAGACCCCAGUUGAACUCUGGCAGUAUCUGGGACAACGCGAUGGGACUGGGAGGAAUGAGCAUUCCCAAACCGUUACUGUCGCAGGUCCAGGACAGCCCCCUCAUGUCAAUCAUCAAAGAGGUGGGGCUUCCCAAGAGGCCACCAAUGGGACGGGACGAGAGGAGGGACUUGUCUGAGCGAGCCCCGCCCCCGCGCUCCACCUCGCCCGUGAUUGGCAGCCCGCCGGUGACGGCAGUACCCAUCGGAACUCCGCCCAAGCAUCCGACUGGUCACAAUCCCAGCCAGCAGAUUCUCUGUCCCACGCCUGUGCAUGUCCGAGCCUCUAUGCAACAAAGAUUUCCCGGGGUUUUCAACGACCGGAUGUCUCCCAAUCAGCCUCUCAACCUUGCAAAUUCCCAGCUGCGUGGCCACACCUUCCCUCCGGGCGUCGGCCCUGUCCUCAGCCAGCUACAGCGAGCGCAGAUGAUUGGAGCGGGCCAGCCUGCCCAUCUCUCUCCCAGCCACUUCUCCCUCAACCCCGCGCUGCUGCAAGGCAGGAUGGGAGCGAUGAUGUCACCGGCGGUGGGCGGCGGGGGGUUCCGACCCUUCUUCAGUCCCUCCCCGGGACCCCCGGGGCACGGCGGCAGGGCCCCCCAGCAGUACGGCGUGACGAGGGGGGACACCACACACCUGCACCCACAGCAUCGGCGCCUGCUGACCCAGAGAAUGCAGCAGCAAUCGGGGAGGGGUCAGAACGGAGCCGGUGGGGACAGGCCACAGCGGCUCGGAGGGUCCCAGGACAGGCGACGAGACCCCUACAGCAAUCUGAUGACGCCGCGGGAGAAGGAGUGGGUGUCCCGCGUUCAGAUGAUGCAGCUGCAGAGCACGGACCCCUACCUGGACGACUACUACUACCAGAAUUAUUUUCAGAAGUUAGAGAAGCGACCCUCUCCGACGGACGGAGACGCUCACAAGAGAGAACACACGAAACUCAUCACGCCCCAAGUGGCCAAACUGGAGCACGCGUACCGACCAGUGCAGUUCGCAGGGUCGCUCGGAAAGCUCACCGUCUCCAGCGUCAAUAACCCGCGCAAGAUGAUUGACACUGUGGUCAUGACGACGCGUUCCGACGACGAGGAAAAGAAAGAGAAACAAGUCUGGAACAAACGCAGACAGAUUCUGUACACUGUGGAGAAGACGUACAGCCUCCUGCUUGAUGUUCAAGACUUUGAGAGGAAGUACCUCCAGACUCCAGAGGAGGAGAGGGGGGCGUUGCUGGAGGAGCGCCGCUCCAAACUGGGGGAGAUGUUUGAGAAUCUGCGAGGGAAGCAGACCGACGCCAACAGCCACAGAUUCUCGGACGAUCACUUCCUUCAGAUCAUGCGAGUCCGGAAAGGGAAGCACCUGGUUUCCAGGCUCCUCCCCUUCCUGUGCAUGGAGCACGCUGUGGCGGUCGUCAUGGCGACGGCCCGCAACCUGCCCUACAUCGCCAAGAAAGACGCGCAUGACGAGGUGCUGCCCUGGCUGAUAGAGCCCUUCUCUAUAGUCAUCCAGCACUUGACCAGCGGUCCGCUGACUGACUUGUUACAAGAUCUCACUGGCCUACCGGGGGGGCCCUCCGAGCUGAACAGCUAUACCGGGAACCAGCAGCAAGCCCAGUCGCACACCAGUACAGGGCAACUGGGCAAAGUGCUGCUCAGCAAGUUUGGCGUCACCCUACUCUAUCUGAUUCUCAGUCAAGGAGAGAGGCUCAUGAGCGGCGACUCAAACUCGGAGCUCGCCGAGAACAACAGAUGGACGGACCUGGUGUUCGGAGUGACUCUGGAGCUGCUGAAGACCCCGACGGCCUCUCUGGCUCAGCCAGCCUUCACCCCCCCUGCCCUGCUGUCCUUCUUCUCUCGCUAUGUGGACCGACAGAAACUGAACCUGCUUCAGGAUUAAGCUGCAAUUGUCUCCCAAGCCAAGGUAGAAGUCGCUACGAGGUGAACUUGGAACAAUUCUCGAGACCCGAGUGUCUGUCUGUCUGUUUGUCUGUUUGCACACAAAACAAGAAACGUUUGCCGCUACACAUCCAUGAAACGAAAUGAAACGAACAAUGGUCUUUUUCAGGGCUUCUCAAACCCGGUCCUGGGCGACCCCUGCUGUGGCUGCUGGUUUUCAUUCCAACCCAGCCCUCAAUUA